CGAUUUUGUUUACUGGUAUACGAGUAACGAUUCCACCUUUUAGUCAAGGUACCCGUCAAUUUAAACUAAAAUGGCGUGGAGGAAGAAUUGAGAAUUCAUAGAAAGAGACACUGGAAUGGGAGAUAAAGAAGAGUCGAAAUGGGAAAUAAAACAUCACGGUUAAAACCCUCUGCUAUUGAAGACUUACAAAAGAGUGGCGUGGAUUUUAGCGCCGAAGAAAUACAAGAAUGGUAUGAGGAGUAUCAGAAAAGCUGCAGGCAUGGCCGAUUUCUCACUGUCAAAGAAUUCAAGGACGUCUACUCAAAAAUAUUUGGCGGAGAUGCGACAGCCUUUGCAGAGCACGUGUUUAGGACUUUUGACUCAGAUAAAAAUGGUAAAGUGGAUUUCAAAGAAUUCUUGAUUGGUUUGAGCGUGACAUCAAGUAGUGACGUUGAGAAAAAAUUAAAAUGGGCGUUCAGCAUGUAUGAUAUAGAUGGAAAUGGUUUCAUUGAUAAAAAGGAAAUGACGUCAAUGAUGAGGGCGGUCUAUAAGAUGACCCCAUCCAUAAAAAAGCCUGAUGACGUCAGUACUCCCGAAAAGAUGACCCGGAAGUUAUUCGAAAAAAUGGACGCCAAUGGAGAUGGAGAUAUUUCAUGGGAAGAAUUUUAUGAUGGCGCCGUGAAAGAUCCGUUAGUUUUAGCUAUGUUGCAGUUAAAUCCGGACUAAAGUAUACUUCAGCAUUUAUUUUGAGAUGCCUUUAUUUUUUCCAUUCUACAUUUAUAGUUUAUUGUUCUCAAUUUGCUUAGGGGGAAUGAUAUGGAUGGUUGGUAAAAUUAUAUAAACAACAAAAAUGAAUAUAAAGAAAAUUUAUGGCCUGUUUUAAUAACAUUUCUUGUUGAUUGAAUCUACACACAUAUCUAUUUAUAGAUAAAGGACACAUUCCUAGUCAAAUAUGGAAGAGGAGUGUAUCGUUUAUUUAUGAUAAACUUAAAUGAAAUACAAUCUUUGGUCAAGCUAAAAUUACGAAUCAAAGACUAACUCUUCUGACAACUGGAACUUUACUACUUUUUCUUUGGUAUAAAAUUCUCACAGCAUAUAAUCAUUCAAGAGAAAGAAAACGUUAGUAAUUUUCCUUCUCAAUACUUCAUGUUCUUACAGGUUCAGAAGUCACACCUUUAAACAUGUCAAACAUGAUAAUUAUUCUUUACAUUAUACAUGUGAUAUCCAAUUUAUUUAUGUUAUGCUGAAUCUGGAUUGUUUAAUAUUUUAAUGAGGACGUGUCCUUCCAAAUUUUUCAUCGCAAACUGAAUCGAAUGUCAUGUUACCUUAUAAAUUACUUAUCAUAAAUAUUUUGUUCAGAACAUUAACUUACAAGAACAUGUAGUAUGAUAUUUUCUACGAACUAAGAUAUUUAUAUAUGUACUCUGUGCUAUACAUGUUUUGCUAUUAUUCAAUUCUAUUUGAUCUGACCUUAAAGUCUUUUUGGAAUGGUUUCAGUAGGUUAGGAAUUCUAUGUAGUAUUUUGUAAUUAUUAGAAUUUACUAACAAAAUCAAUUUACUGUCAUUAUAAAUGUUUAAGUAGCUUGAAGGGUAUGUCUACUAAAAUGAACUUCAUAAACAUUUUCUGUUGCCAACCUUUAAGUUUAUGUAUCAAAUAUUUUUAUAUCUUAAUACAUGUAUAUGCAGUUGAGAAUUAUUAGAAUAUUGAUGACUACAUAAUUAUAUUAUGAAGAGGAUAACCUUUUCUUUGAGAAUAAAACUUAAA